ACUACGUCCGAUUGUAUAGCCAGUAAGUGCUGGCAGGUGCUAUUUAGCUGCCUUUGCGUUCGGCUCGUUUUAUUUUUGCUGCUACGGUAAGCACCCGGCUAUCUGACAGUUACUUCGCCAUUUGAACACUGGACUGGAUAUCUGCUAACGUGACGUAAAAAGUCUGACGGAUAAGGUCGAAUGUGGCUUUCAAUGUAAGUCAGUGAUAAUGUCAUCGAUUAUCUUCUUGUAAAUUUUUUUACGGAGUAUUUAAAUUAAUUCAAUUUACACUUAUUGUUAAUCGAGCAGCCUUGACAAAUAAUAAGUGAUACAUUAGAUAGAAAAUAGGAAGAUACGAUUACAUUGACAAUAAAAAUGCAGUACCUACUACCACUACUUUUAGUAGUUUUAAUAAUACAAACGUCGGUCGCGCCGCCGGUUUCACAACAAAAAAAGGACGGAGAUCAUAAAGAAAACGAGGUCGAUGACUCUGGAGAUGCGGCAAACAAUUUGGAAUAUCACAGGUAUUUGAAGGAAGUGGUGGACGCUUUGGAAAGUGACGCGGAUUUUCGCGCAAAGUUAGAAAAGGCCGAUGAAGCGGAUAUACGAACGGGUAAGAUAGCGCAUGAACUGCAAUUCGUGGAUUAUAAGGUUAGAACUAAGCUGGAUGAAUUGAAACGAGAGGAAUUGGAGAGGCUGAGGCAUCUAGCUACCAAGGAAUACAAUUUGGUAAAUGGUCUGGAUAUGGAGCAUUUGAAAAUAGCGGAGCAUUUGGAUCACGCUAAUACGAAUACGUUCGAGAUAGACGAUUUGAAAAAAUUGAUCGCGAAGACCACGAAGGACUUGGCAGAGGCUGAUAAGCGAAGACGUCAGGAGUUCAAGGAGUACGAGAUGGAGAAAAAGUUCGAGGAAGAGCAAAAGAUGAAGGGUAAUACUGGCUUGAAGGAGGAAGAGAGGAAGAAAUACGAGGAGGAGUUAGAAUCGAUGAAAAAAAAACAUAAAGAUCACAAACCUUUGCAUCAUCCUGGCAGCAAGCAACAAUUGGAAGAAGUGUGGGAGAAACAAGAUCAUAUGGAGAAUCAAGAAUUUAAUCCCAAAACAUUCUUCUACCUUCAUGAUUUGGACGGCAAUGGUUUCUGGGAUCAGGAUGAAGUUAAGGCUUUGUUCCUGAAAGAAUUAGAUAAACUUUAUACCAAUGGCGCCCCCGAAGACGAUAUCUACGAGAGGCGCGAAGAAAUGGAAAGAAUGAGAGAGCAUGUGUUUAACGAGGCUGAUCUUAAUCACGACGGUCUCAUUAGUUAUGAAGAAUUCUUGGAACAAACAAAAAAGCCAGAUUUUUCGCAAGAUGAAGGAUGGCAAGGACUAGAUGAGCAACAGAUUUAUUCUCAACAGGAGUACGAAGCUUUUGAGAAACGUAGACAGGAAGAGAUCCAGAAAAUGAUUGCCAAAGGAAUGUUACCACCACCCCCUGAAACUGCACAUCUACCUGUUCAACAGAACGAGUUCCCAUCGUACCAGCAACAGUUACCGCCUCAGCAGUACCAUCCUUCGCAGUAUCCGGGACAGGUACCGCCGCAACCGAUGGUAGGUCAAGCACCGCCACCGCAAUAUCAGGGUCAGGUGCCGCAACAGCAACCCUAUCAGCAGCCUCAAGUUCCGCCGCAGCAACAUUAUCCAGGCCAGAUUCCACAGCAGCAACAAUACCAAGCACAGCAGGCGCAGUAUCAAGUGCCAGUACCGCAGCAGCAGCAGCAGCAGCAGCAAUUCCAGGCUCAACAGGUUCAGCCGCAAUUCCAGGGUCAACCUCAGCAGGCUCAACAACAUUACCAGGGACAGCCACCUCAUCAAAUACAUCAACAAACGCAACAACAAAAUCAAGUGCCACAGAAUACUCAGGUUAACGCUCCGUCGAACGAUCAGGGAGCUGUGCAAGGCAGCCAGAAUCUUCCACAGCAACCAGAUCCGAAAUCCAUUCAUCAAGAACUCCAUCAGAAUAGUAUACCAAAAAUGCAGAAGGUCUAGAUAAUACAAAAUAUCGAUCGAAUAGUUGAUAUAAACGUUUUUAGUUUGUCUCUUUGCAAAGCGUGAACAGCGUGAAAAGCGUGAAGCGGAAAAAAAAUAUCAGUUCAAUAGUUUUCGAAUUCAAGAGGUUACAUGAGAUCUUCAGGAAUUUUCAUUUCAGGAAAGUAUAAUUUUUUCACACUAUUCAUGUGUUCUAAAAAUUUUUAAUUGGAAAUAUUAAUGCGAUACUAGUUGCAAUACUAAUGUUACAAUUAUUUAUAUUAUUUCAAGUUAUCAAAUUUGCUAUUUUGAAUAUGCUGUUCAAAGAUUUUUAGACGAUGAAAUGUAUUAAACAAAUUCGUUUGAAGGAUUUGUAGUAAACUUACCAAAAUUAAUCAAUCUUUUUCAGGGAAGAUUGUUUUUAUUAGAUACUCGAUAAAUAGAAAUUAUUUAUAUUGUAUAAAUGCUUGCUGAAUUGUUUAUGGAAUAAAUGUUUUCUGAAAAAGGACUAUCCAUCA